UUCAACACCACUCACAUGCGAUACGUUACACUAAUGCAAUGUGAAUCCCUUCACCACCACCCCCCCACAAACAACGGGAAAUCACCUCUAUGCUACCUACUUGCGAUUGUUUCGAUUUGUUUGCCUUCUCAAAGAUUUGUUCAUCUGAGGAAAAUCAGUUCUCGCAAAACAUUCAAACAAAACAAAAGUUCUUUCAUAUUCAACGAUUUUCGGAAUAAACAAAAAUCGAAUGAGUUUUUAGAAAAAUUGAAAACCAAAUUUUCAAAAACAUCAUCAGUGUCGAUCAUCGUCAACAUGUCUUCAUUUGCCGCCAAGUUAUGGCUGCUAAUCUGGUGCGCAACGUUCUCUUUAUUCCAAGUGGCCAAUGCAUCGGUCUUUGGUAUUGGAGCGCGUCGUUUAGGCGAUCAAUUGCUUAUGAAAGAUAUUGCGAAAACGACAGCCAUCACUUUGACGGAGGAGACUGUCAUUACCUUUAAUUAUGCCAUACCACAGCCUAUUACCUACAUUGAAAUGAUAUCCGAUGAGGAUAUCUAUGUCUCAUUGGACUUCAGUUAUGAAAAUGAUCUCGUCAAUGGUACUAUACGUAAAAAAGUCCAUGACGAGGUUAAAAUGGAGCCCAUACAAAAUCAUGAUCCUUUUGAGGUGCUCAUACAAAUCUAUGGUUAUUUUGAAACUCCUUACCAAAUGGAUACAAAACAUUUUCUGAAUAGAGGACAAACAUCAUCUGGAGGAAAUCAUAAAUCCCAUCAGCCAAGUGUACAAAAACCAAAGGGGACAUCGCAUUUUAAGGCACAAAAACCAAAAGAGACUUUAAGUUUAAUGUUUGAGGAUACUGUCGCAUUGGAAGAAUUUGAUGAUAUCGAUAGUGAGUUUGUGCAUCAAGACAAGGUUGCCGUUGCGUUAGACAAAUCGGAUGAUAGUGAUGAUGAUAUGCUAUUUCCUGUCAACAGAAAUAAAAUUAUUCAAAUGGGAAAUCGUCAAAGGGGUGAUUAUUUAUUAUAUGAAGCCGAUCAGACAUCACUGGAGGGCACCGAAUUGCCCACAAAUCACACCGUGCUAUUCUAUUACAUAGACAACAAUUUUAUAACAUAUGUGGAAUUUACAAUUUUCGAUUAUUUCUUGGAACAUCCAUUGACCUCUGAUGAUUACCAAUCACCAACGGUGGCAUUUGAGAAAAUAUCACCACAUACCCUUAAGGCAAUUGUCACAGAUCAUCGCACAAAAAGUCUUUUUGUCCAAAUGCAAGUCUAUGGCUAUGAGCCAAAUGACAAACCUGUUGCCUUUCAAUCCUAUUUGACAAGUGGCCAACAAAUCGGCAGCAACAACAACAACGACAACAAUGCCGAUGCCUGGCAUGAUGAUGUGGAGUAUGUUUGCAAAAAACUAACAUUGACAUCGAAGAGACGCACCCAUGUACAUUUCAAUUCGGUCCAGGCACCAACAACAAAGCAACAAGAAUCAUUACCACCACCACCGCCACUGGAGGACACCUAUAGUAGCAAUGACGCGCAGGAGGAGGAGGAGGCGUUGGAAAAUGAUGUCGAUGGUGUUGGACAAUUGGUCAUAUGCAAUUGGCUGAUCACCAUGAUGACAACUACGACAGUUGUAUUGUUUGUUGCAACACACAUGCCAACCUAUUGUUGAACGCACACACGCACUCAGUCGAAAAGGCGGGGGGAAGCAUAAAACAAAAAUGCAUUCAUUCAUCUAUUGUCAGCUCAAAUAUGUUGGCAAUGUGUGUGGAAGCACUCAAAAUUUAACUUUUAAUGAGUUGCUAUUAAUUUUUUUUUAGAAAUGUGUAUUUUUAUUAAUAACAUGUUAAUUUUUUUAUUGUUUUAAGUAUACAUACAUAUAUAUGAUUAAUUAGGUUGAAACCAUAUGUUGAAAUGUGGGCUAACUUUUAAAGUGAUGAUGUUGGAGAAAUAACUAUUAUAUGACAAAUA